ACGUUUUCACAUCAAAAUCAGACGGUGUAAAAUUUCACGUGGAAAUUUUGAAAAUUGAACAGUUGAAAAAACGAAGAAGAAGAAGAAGGGCAUAUAGUCAAUCUAUAGUCGCGUGCAGAGACGUAUUAUGACAUUGCAAUAAAGUCAGUGGUGUAGUGGCAUAAUAAAAAUAGCACACAAAAAUAUGACUAAAUUUUAAUGUGACAUAAUGACGGAAGUGUAUUAAAGCACUGGCGCUGAUGAAUAUUUUUGUUUGAAUGAUUAAAAAACCGAAAAAUAAAAGUUGACGAAAGUGCUGAAAAGUUUGCAUCAAAGCGACAACGGUGAAAAAUUUCAAAUUCAAAAUAAAUUUCGUCGUUCGCAAAGUUGACAACCUGUGAUCCAUCAUUAUAUAAAAUCAAAAAGCACACAAAGUGCACGUGAGUGUAUAACAGAGUUUAACAAAAUGAAAUUUCGCGGUUGAAUUUCUUAAAUCUUAUAAUUCGAAUUAUGAAAAUUGACGAAACAUCUUCUGCCGACACCUAAUUUUAUGGAUAAACAUUAGCAACAGCAACAACAACAACAAACAUUUGCCGGAUUGGAGUACGUGGCUUGUGUAAAAUAAUCAAUUUUAACAUUCAAGAUGCCAGAAAUGAAAUCCAAACAUGCCAACACUAAGCUACCCGCAAUCCUAAAAUUAAUAUUCUUCGCAUUGGCAAUACACAUUGGCAUCGACGCCUGCAAAAUAUCGGAAUUUGCAUGCCGUGGCGGCUCAACAUGUCUGCCAUUGGACAAAUAUUGCGAUGGUCGCGAUGAUUGCGGCGAUUCCAGUGACGAACCGAAAUUCUGUACAGUAUGUAACCGAACGUAUUAUGGUGAUAUUGGAAGAACAUAUUCGCUGCGAGUACCGCCACCACAAUGGAAUCGAUUACCAUUUUUAUGUCAUAUAACAUUUACGGCAUCCGGUCACGAGCAGGGUGACAUUGUACAGAUAAUUUUCGAUGCCUUUUCGGUUGGCCGAUUCGACGAGGGUUUAAUUGAAGCCGAUUCCGAUUCAAGUGACACUACGCUCACUUCGCUGGGAGAUCUACCUGGAUGUCCCGAAGGUUUUAUGCAGUUAAGUGAAUUGGGUCGUCCGUUCACAGGAGGUUCUUGGUGUGGAGCGGCCACAGGUCCACAGUUGUAUUACAGCGAAACAUCAACUGUGACCGCAUCAGUAAAAGUAUUCCAUGCACCUAUGCAGGCAGCUACACCCUUCGAAUUUAAAAUCCGCUACAAAUUUAUUAGCCAAUCUGAUGCGGUUGUUCGAUACGGUGCACCGAACGAACUGUUGGAACUGGGAAAAGUCACACCCGGCACAUAUUGCACGAGACAGUUCGAUGAAUGUUAUCGCAAAAAGUGUAGACUGCAAAGCCCCAAUUAUCCGGGAAUGUAUCCACGAAAUGUGACAUGCUAUUGGACAAUCAGACAAAAAACGGUGCCAACUUGUAAACAUGCAAUGGUUUCUGUGAGCCAAGAAAAUGCACAUAAAGCGCUGGUGAAAAGGUCAAUAGCCAGUCUAAACAAGACGUUCCGUUCGAUUAGAGCUUGGUCAGAUUGUACGGGCGAAAGAGACCAUCUGAUAUUUUAUGACGGCAGUUCGACAAAUGAUCCAGUGCUGGCAAAAUAUUGCGGUGGUGACUGGCUACCGAAAGUGGUUUCGCGAGGCCCCGAAAUGCUGGUCGCCUUCCAUUCGUCACCAUUCUCAGCACCGCUACAAUCGAACAUCCCGAACCGAGGAUUUGAAUUGGACGUGGACAUGUUCUUCGUUGAUUCGGACUCACAUGACUAUGCCCAAGGAACGAGAGGCGUGUGCGAAUUCAACAUUAACGCAUCGAAUACUGACGAUGUUCUAUUUUCCCGACGUGGCAGAAUGGGAAAAAUAUUGAGCCCGCGCCAUACACUGCCACCGAACACGACAUGCACUUAUUACUUUCAUGGUCAGCCGGGCGAUCUCAUUUGGAUAUCGUUCACCAGUUACAAUUUACAAAUACUGCAACAUGCCAUUCAGGAUAAUAAUACGUUGGGACGGAAUGACCUACCACCCUGGAUAACACGAUUGCGUAUUUGGGACAGCACUGGCUCAUCAAUCAAAACACCAACUGCAUCCAUAUCGACGACAACACCAUCGAAUCGACAUGGUAACAUCAAUAAUCUGAACAAUACCGUAACGGCCAGCAAUAAUUACUACUACAGUCCACAAAAUCCGAUUUAUGGCAAAAAUAUAAAAGUGAACGUAGAUAAUGUGUGGAAUCCGGUGGAUAGCUAUAUAUACGGUCCAACGCAGAACAGCAUUUUCAGCCAGCCGAAUAAUAAAUUUGGCGGUGGUGGUGCAAUGGCAUCGCAAAAAUUCGAGAAAUUCAGUAAUGGCAUUUCUGGAGGUGGUGGCGAGGGUGUCAAAGAUCCGUACAAUUAUGUUACGAAUAAUGUGAAAGAUGCGAAAACGACGUCUACGGGCAACAGAAGGGAUGGUGGCUACAGAGAUGGAAUGGCAACGUCUACAACCACAAACAGUAUUGAUGGUGGAGGUGGUGGUGGUAGUCGAGGUACAUCAAAGCCAUCAAAGCAUUUGUCAAGCAGAAAAUUAAUUGCUGAACAUUACGAUAACGAAACACCACGACUGUGUGACCACAAUUUGAUGGAGAACAGUGCAAAUCGUAUGCGACCGUGCUCUCCAUUAGAAAGUUAUGUCAGUUCAUCGAAGGACAUGAAAAUCGAAUUCCACUCGCACACUGGCACUGCACUGUAUCCAGCGUCAUUCAGUUUGAACUAUGAAUUCGUGGACACCGAUUUGGGUGGCGAAAAUUGGUUGGGUCGUCAGGGUGAAGAUCCGGUGCCGGCAUUGUGUUCGCGAAUAUUUCGUAAGCGUCAGGGCAAUUUUCAAUCGCCGAGAAAUGUCUUCCUACAUGGACGGGGUGGUGCAAAGAAUAUUUCGUGUCUUUAUCGAUUUGAAGCGGAAAUUGGCGAACGGGUUCGCCUAGUAGUGCACAAUGUAUCGUUUGGAGAUGCAGCAACAUGCAACACUGAAACCGAUCUGCACACAGGUCGAGCUAAAUGCACUCCAUCCGAUGUCGAAACGGAUAAUAUUCGACAGGGCGAAUUGAAAAUACUAGACGUUCCCUAUCGUGACGUAAAAAUUACGCUGGGAUGCUUCUGUGACAACACCAGCAGUCUGUACAAUACACCACUGCGCUUUCAAUCGUACUCUCGCACCAUGGAAUUGAUGUUCACCGUCACGAAUCUGAACAUAUCCGAAGAUUUUGCGGAUAUCUACUUCCAUGCGUCGUACGAAUACGUACGCGUACCCGAUUGUCCGAAACGGAUGCGUCUUGGUGGUUCUGGCGGUGAAGAGGAUGUAACGUUUCCGUUACGGAGCAAGGACGCGAGUUGUGAAGGUUUGCCGUGGUUCAUUGAAGCGCAAGAGAAGGACCGCAGUUUAUUCGUCAUGACGUGGGGAACGUUUCUUCCAAUGGAACCGACCGUUGAAGAUUCACUGAGAUGCAUAACGAGGAAUCGUUUACUGGUCUAUUCCGGAAAACCAUUGAAAAUUGUGAGAAUAAUUUGCCCGGGACUACCAGAGCCAAGACAGUCAGCGUUGCACAUAUUUUCGGAAGACUGGCUUAAUCAACAGCACACAUUAUUUGCGCCAAGACCCGUUCAUUUGGUGAUCGAGCCGAUAUUUCGUGAUCCUGGCAGUAUGGGCUUCCAAUGGAUGGAAAUACAACGGACACGAGCGUCACAGAUCCAGCAACUGGAAAUGCAUACCAAUUUUUCGGCGAACGACACAUUGAGCGAAUUUGGUUUCAUUCCCAGAGACACCGAGUGCGAGUACAAGUGUCCUGAGCUAGAUGCAUGUAUAUCGGCGAGUCUUUGGUGUGAUGGGCGUUCGAAUUGUCCAUCCGGCUACGACGAAUCCGAAGAAGAGUGUGGCACAGCAAGAAAACUGCUGGAAUUGCCGGGCGGUUUAUUUGCCGCCAUGGGCUGUAUAGCUGCAGCACUGGCAGCCUGUUUAAUAUUUUGCAUAAUCGGUUUAGUUAGAAAAAAGCGAAAAACCAUUGGAUCGAAAGCGCUGGGCAACGGUUCGUGCAAUGGUACACUCAAAAAGGAUCCGCUAUUCAUCGAUCCGGGCUCCUGACACGGACUACACUCGGUCGAGUACAUUCACGUCGACCGAGAGACUACGGUGUGAUCGAAUUUCGCGGUAAGUGUUCGAUUUUGUUUCGGUUCUCUUCGAUUUGAUAAGACUUGUUUUUUUAAAUUGAGAAUAUUUUACGAGGAAUUUUUUUACAUUUGAAAACUUGAAAAUACAAAAAUGGUGAUAAAUAAAAUGAUUAUGAAUAGAGCGGACAAGAAUUAUAUUCGUUUGUGUUUAGUGAAAAUGUGUAAUAGAGAAGAGAAAAGAACAGAAAAAAAAUAUUUAAUUAAAUGAACCGUAGAGUAUAUUAGAAUAGUCACACUGAAUUACUAAUCAGGCUGACCGGAGAAAAUGAUUUUUAAAAUUGUUUUUCAUUUUUUUCAAAUUCACAUUAUAAUUGCGCCAAAAAUUCAAAUAAUUUCUACUGCAAAUCACGCCUCAUGGGGCCUAAGCAACGUCAUGUCGUUAUGCUACUGAUGAGUCAUAUGUGCAAAGUGCUUGUUUGUUCGAUAUUGAUUCUGUAGUGGCUCAAAGGAGACCUAAUUCAAAUUUUUGUUCUUCUGACAAGCUUGACAAUAUAACAAAACUUUUAAUUAGGUCUCUUUAGCGUUGUGGACACACAAAUCGAUGUGAAAAAUACCUAAAAUGAGCAUUAUGGACGUUUUAUGUCUUUUGUUCUGUGAGAGUUUGCCUGAAGAAAUUUUUGGUAAACAUCGCAUGAUGCAGAAUCAUUAAAGCACCAAAUUCUGGUUUCUACUGCCAUCGUGACUCACCACUUGCUCAAUGAGUGUUUAAAUACACAAGGCUGAGAUAUUCAGCUCCAUGCAUACUUAAUCCAAUUGUCUUGUAGAGGACUUUGUAGCAUCAUAGCGUUACUUCUAGCAUUGAUAUAUGGACAAUAUUGAGUAGACUGAUGGAAUCACGGUAGGCUCUAUGUGUUAUUCGUAGAGAUAUGAUAAUUAUGGCGACUGGGACGUCGGAUAGAGAUAAUAUCUGAAUGACAAUUUGGUUAUGUGAGUUAGAUAGGUUUGUUCCAAGGUCAUUUCUAAAUGUCAAAUUUCA